AUGGCCCUCAGUGGAGCAGAGGCAGUGCUGGAGAAAUAUGAGGAGCUGCUGGACCACUACCUUCCAAUGACUGAUGAAGAACUGGGAAAAAAGAUGCCUGCUUCCUAUUUACCGAUAGAGGAAACAAAGGAAGGUGUUCAGCAGAAACUCCAGGAAAGCCAGGAGAGGCUUCAUCAGAUAGAAUCUCAGACCUUGGCCAUGUCCUACCACAUCACCCAGCAGUUGCAAGCAGCCUACAAGAACCUGAUUGCCAGCAUCCAAGGCCUGCCAGCUAACUUCCAGCAGAACAUCCAGCUGGCCUAUCACAACAUAGAAGAGCUUCAUACCUACUUCACCAGUGCUCACUCUUUCAAAGACCUCCCCAACAGCAUUCUAAGCCAAAGCCAAGAGAAGGCCCUCAAAGCCCAGGAGUAUGUGGACGACAUCUUGGACUACGUCUUACACAAUGCUCCAAUGUCUUGGCUGGUGGGCCCAUUCUCCCCUUCACCUCAGAAACCCGAUGAUGUGAAGCCCACAAAGCCUGACGAUCCAAACAAGGAGGACAUGAAAGCAGCAGUGCCAAAAGAGAGUUUGUGACCUGUAGCUCAUUCUAGAGGCUGGGAUUCUGUGUCUCCGGGCACUGAUGGAGCUUGAAAGAGCACUUGAGCCUGCUUUUGAAUUUGUUGGGAGAGCUGAAAUGAAUGUGACUAAGCUAACAUGACAGGACUAUGCCCCUGGAACUUAUGGUAGGAUGGGAGACUUGACCAUUAUUGGAAAAAUCAGUUGCUAGCCCCUAGGAGCUUCAGACUCUACAAGUACAACAAAAACAAAAAAAUCUGACUUGUAUUUAGUCAUUUGCUGUGAA